CUUUAGCUUAGAGACGAAGUAUAAUACCUGUACGUAUUUUUUAAGUAACUUUACCGUAUCGUAUUUUACUAACUAUGUCCUUCUAUAGUUAGUAAACACUCCGUUUAAUAGACAUAUAUGUACCCGUACAUACUUUAUCCGUUUAAAACUUCUGUAUCCGUAUUAUUGUCAAGCCAUUUCAUUUUUCCCCGUUCAUUUGAUGGACCCCGUACUAAACACGUAUAAAACCCGUAUAACACGUUUAUUAUCCGUUUAUUAACUUUACUAUUUGUUUCACCCUAGAAAGUACUCUAGUGCUUAACAUGAUAAUAAAUGGGGGCUCCGAUCUGGACUUCUUGUUCGAUCUCUUUGGGAGGCAAGGAAUCUGUGAGGAGGGGGUGGCCCCCGAGAUCUACGCUCCGACGCCCAAAUUAGUACGAAAUAUGAUAGAAUGGUGGUAGGUGAAUGUAGAGAGAGAGAUAGUUUAGAGAGAGAACCGUCGGUGGAGAGAGUGUGGGAAAGGAAGAAGAGGAUCCCCCGCUUAGAGGGUCUUGGUCUCCUUAUAUAGUAUUUGGGCCUAGUACGCAUUGCAGUGGGUUUGGGCCCAUUGAUAGUCGUUUGUCGUAUUAGGCAGAUUAAUACACACCCAACAAUUACCCCUUUACUUCUUGUAUCCUGUAAGAAUAGAAGGAGUAAAAUAAUGUCAAAAAACGUAUUAAUUUGCCUUACUUUUGAGACUGGAUGAUGCAUUUGCCCCUUGAGCCUGUCGAGAGGCGUUAUGCUUUUGAGUGUGGUAGAUGUGUUUUGCCCCCUUGUACGAGUUGCAUGACAUUAUCAUUGCCCAUUGCUUAGAUCUCGAUGCCUUGAGUUAGAGCUCUCAAAUCGUUUGAUAUUUGCCCCGCUAGCCCAUUGUUGUUAACUAUGUGCUAGGGAGGGUGGCCCCCAUGAUUUGGGAGCUGUAACUCAAGACAUUCCCGAAGGCGGGAGAUGUGGGUUUUCGAGACUAGUCCGGAGUUUUGUCUUCCAGCUUGUGUGGAGGCGUUUAUCUUUUGUGCCAAUCAGGAGGCGUUUCUCCUUUGUGCCUGUCGGGAGGCGUUUAAGCUUUGAGCCUGUCGGAAGGUGUUUAAGCUCUGAGCCUGUCGGGAGGCGUGUCUUCUCUUAGCCUGUCGGGAGGCGUUUUAUGUUCAGCCUGUCGGAAGGCGUUUUUAGCUUCGAGCCUGUCGGGAGGCGUUUUAUGUUCAGCCUGUCGGAAGGCGUUUCUCCUUUGAGCUUGUUAGAAGGCGUUUAACAUUUCAGCCUGUCGGGAGGCGUUCUAUGUUCGGUCUGUUGGGUGAUAUUUUUCAUUUGAGCCUAUCGGAAGGAAUUUAUGUCUGAUGGAAGGGAUUUCUCUUUUGAGCCUAUCGGGAGGCGUUUAUGCCUGACGGAAGGCAUUUCUCUUUUGAGCCGGUCGUAAGGCGUUUCUCCUUUGAACAUGUCAGGGGGCGUUUAUGCCUGACAGAAGACAUUUUUCUUUUGUACCUGUAGUAAGGCGUUUCUCCUUUGAGCCUGUCGGGAGGCGUUUAUGCCUGUCGGAAGGUGUUUCUCUUUGAACCAAGCCUAGGGACGGGAGACAUAAAUCUUCAAGCUAAGCCCGGAGGCGAGAGGCGAGUGUUUUCGUGCCUUGUGGCGUUGCUCCGGAGUUGUUCUGCCUUCGCAGUGGCGUGUUAUGAACAACUCCAUGCAUCAGAAAGCAUUUGUGGCGUUUUAUGACUUAUGAGCGUCUCCUGCCCCGGAAGGCAUUUCAUGGUUGGGUUGUUCUGCCUUCGGGGUGGCGUCUUAUGAAUAACCCUGCCUCAGAAGGCAUUUUAUGGAGUCACUCUGCCUUCAGGUGGCGUUAUAUGAGCGAUCUCCUGUCUCGAAGGGCAUUUCGUGGGUGGGUUGUUCUGACUUUGGGGUGGCGUAUUAUUAAUAGCACUGCCUCGGAAAGCCUUUUAUGGAGUCACUCUGCCUUCGAGGUGGCAUUUUAUGAGCCAUCUCCUGCCUCAAGAGACAUAGAUUUUCGAGGCAAGCCUAGAGGCGAGAGGCAUGUUUUCGUGCAUUGGGGCGUUGCUCCGGAGUUGUUCUGUCUUUGGGGUAGCGUGUCAUGAACAAUUCCAUUCCUCAAAAGGCAUUUUUGUGGUUGGGUACUUCUGCCUUCGGGGUGGCAUGAUAUGAACAACCCUGCCUCAGAAGGCAUUUUAUGGAGUCACUCUGCCUUCGGUUUGGUGUUUUAUGAGCGAACUCCUGCCUCGGGAGGCAUAAGUCUUCGAGCUGUGGGGCGUUGCUCCGGAGUUGUUCUGCCUUCGGGGUGACGUGUUAUGAACAACUCCAUGCCUCGGAAGGCAUUUCGUGGUUGGGUUGUUCUGCCUUUGGGGUGGCGUGUUAUGAACAACCCUGACUCGAAAGGCAUUUUAUGGAGUCGCUCUGCCUUCAGGGUGGCAUUUUAUGAGCGAUCUCCUGCAUCGGGAGGCAUAGAUUUUCGAGCCAAGCCCGGAGGCGAGAGGCAUGUCUUCGUGUCUUGGGGAAUUGCUCUGUAGUUGUUAUGCCUUCGGAGUGGCGUGUUAUGAACAACUAGAUGCCUCAGAAGGCAUUUUUGUGGUUGGGUUGUUCUGCCUUCGGGGUGGCGUGUUAUGAACAACCCUGUCUUGGAAGGCAUUUUAUGGAGUCGCUCUGCCUUCAGGGUGGCAUUUUAUGAGCGAAAUCCUACCUCGGGAGGCAUAAGUCUUCGAGCCAAUCCCGGAGACGGGAGGCAUAGGUCUUCGAGCCGUGAGGCGUUGCUCCGGAGUUGUUCUGCCUUUGGGGUGGCGUGUUAUGAACAACUCUAUGCCUUGAAAGGCGUUUUUGUAGAGUCACUCUGCCUUCGAGGUGUCAUUUUAUGAGUGAUCUUCUACCUUAGGGGGAAUAAGUCUCCGAGCCAAUCCUGAGGGCGAGAGACACUUGUGUCUUUGUGCCUCGGGGCAUUGCUCCGGAGUUUUUUUUGUAUAUGUGAAAGAUGUGAGUGACUAGUGUCCAAUAUAUUUCGACUGUAAAAAUGAGCAUAACAUGUUGCGGAGAAUAUCCUAGCAUGUUUAUAGUGAGACUCUUCAUGGCAUUGAGUUAUAUUCGUCUAUCAUAGUUGCAAUGAGCAUCUUCAUGGCCCGACACGUGAGAAUUUUUUUUUGAAGGAAGGGUCAGACUGGCGUACGUCAAGCGUAUACUAUACGUCAGGUACUACUAGUGAGAUAUCUCUAUCUUGACAAUGAAUUAAAUCGAGUUUGGGGUAUGAUACUAUACCCUAACCUCUAAUGGACAAACCCCUGUCAUCGAUUUUCUAAACCCCAACCCAAAGUUUGAUUUAAUGAAAAACAAAAAUUGACCGUUGAGAUCGGCCAAAGCACAUCUAAGUACAUCUAACGGCAAGAUCACACGACGUAUAGUAUACGUCUGACGUACACCAGUCAUUACCUUUGAAGGAAAUAUACUUAACUCGGGAAAAGUUUGAGACAGUCGAAUAUUGGAUAUCUUGUGGCGUAAAUUGAAUGCAUAAAGAGUCUUGUAGUUGAGUGGUAUGCGCUCCAGCUUGUUGAAGGUUGAGACGCGGGUUCCAUCAUUAGUGGACGCUUUUAUCCUCUUUUUUAGUGAAUAUGCUUUCUGUCUCCCGUUGGGCUUGAUGUUGAUAGUUGAGGCAUGGGCCUAGGGAGCGUGAGCUGGAUCCGAAGACAGGAUUUGAAACUGGUAGCGAUGCAGGCCGGAAUGUGGGCCUUCAAUUUGAAGCUUGAUGGGAGAGCGGGUUUGUAAGUCGUGUCGUGUCUGGAAGACAAACCCUUGUCUUGCCGGGGAUGUGGGCCCUAUUUGAGUGUGGCGGGCCGUGAUUGAACGUGCAACUGGCCAAAUUUGUAUGCGCCCGGCAAGGGUGGGCUUCGAGGGCAGGGCGGGCCCAAGUUGUGAAUUCGGAGGCGAGUUGGGCUUGGUGUGUGCGUGCCGUUGUUUGGAGGCGAGCCCACAUUAAAGAAAUGUAGAGACGUGUG